UUAAUAUUGUCUACCAUUGUUUCAGUAUUACCUAUUUAAGUUCAAUGUUCAUCUAUUAUUACUACGUUUUCUUAUUCUAGGGCUGGCAACAUAUUGGCAUUUUUCUUUUCAUUCGCAAGCAAAAUGGCGGACCAGACAGAAAAGGCAUUCCAAAAGCAGGCGACGGUGUUCCUCAACCGCAAGGGAGGGUUAAAAAAGAAGGAGAUGCGGCAUUCUAAGAAUGUGGGCUUAGGGUUCAAAACACCCAGAGAGGCAAUCGAAGGCACGUACAUAGACAAGAAGUGCCCAUUCACAGGAAACGUCUCAAUCAGAGGCCGUAUCCUCACCGGUGUGGUGCAGAAGAUGAAGAUGCAGCGUACCAUCGUAAUCAGGAGAGAUUACCUCCACUACCUGCCCAAAUACAACCGUUUCGAGAAGAGACACAGAAACAUGUCUGUGCAUCUUUCACCUUGCUUCAGGGACGUGGAAAUUGGCGACAUCGUGACAAUAGGAGAAUGCAGGCCACUCUCCAAGACAGUCAGAUUCAAUGUCCUGAAGGUUUCAAAGGGCAAGGGAUCGAAGAAAUCUUUCAAAAAGUUUUAAAUAAAAAUACUUUAUAAGUA